AUGGUGAAGAUUUCCUGGGUGACGGAAUGCCCAGUGAGGGAAGAAGUAGGGUGUCCCCAGUGCCUAAUGAAGUGUGCGGUUCCCAUUGAAGUGUUGCCAUGUGAGCACGUUCUGUGUAGCACGUGCUAUCGCGAUUUAUCAGUGUGUCCUCUAUGCGAUAUAAGCGUAUGUUCCCGUCGGCCUGCGUUCCGUUAUGAGUUGGACAACACCCGGUUUGCGAGGUGCAGAAGAAGAAGCUCAGUCGCUACAACAUUUAUCGGGAGUGAGGAUUGUAGCGGCAGUGUGGAUCCUGUGAAAUUAACGAAGCGAAUGGGAGGAAAGGUGCCGUCCAAAAUAUAUGAGCAGGUCCUUAAAGCAGAGGAGAGUAAUUGGACUGUGAUGGAUUUGGAAAAUUGCGUGGAUCUGUCAAGAAUUCGGGCACUCUCUGGAGUUCCAACUUUGGAGGAAGUCAAUCUCAGCGGAUAUAGCAAGUUGAAGACUGAUUUGGAGCAUAUUAUGACGUUGAGUAAUUUACGGAAAUUGACUUUGGACAACACGGAGUUGGACGAUGAGUGCGUCGUUGAGAUCAGCAGUAAUAGGAUACUCUUGCAUCUGAGCUGCAAUAAUUGCCAUCAUAUCACGGACAUUUCACCUGUAGCAGAGAUAAAAACACUCGAGGAGCUCUCCCUAUCGGGUUGUAAAAAUAUUAAAAAGGGUUUGGAACACAUUUGUGCACUGCCCAACGUGAGGAAGUUGAGUUUGAGAGGCACCGCGGCUAACGACGCGUGCAUCUUGAGUCUCAGCGGGAGUACGCAUUUGGCUGAUUUGGAUUGCAGUGAGUGUAUGAAUAUCUCUGAUAUAAAAGCAUUGGGAAAAAUUAGUCCGCUGGAGGUGUUGUCGCUUGAGAAGUGCAUUAACAUGAAGGAGGGGCUGGAGGAGCUGGCUGCGAUUCCGAACUUGAGGGAACUGAAUUUGGCCAGUACAUGCAUUGAUGAUGAGUGUGUCAUUAAAGUCAGUACAUUCAAGCAACUGGUUCAUUUGAACUGCGAAAAUUGCCUCGCUGUUACUGAUAUUCAACCACUGGCGAAAAUGAAGACUCUGGAGUACCUCUCAAUUGGAGGGAGUCGCAAUAUUGAGGUUGGCGUCCGCCAAGUAUGCGGGAACCCGAAGCUAACAGGGCUCAAUUUGGGUGGUGUGGUUGUGAGGGAUGUGGAUGUUAUGUUUCUGCGUGAAUUCGAAGGGUUCGUCACACUGAACUUGUCUGGAUGUGCAAGGAUGAAGGGACUGUACGCUCUAGAUGGGUGCACAAGAUUGAGGACAUUGAUACUCAGAGGAUGUAAAAAUGUCAAGGACAUCACGCUGCUAAGGGAGUGUAAGGAUAUCACCACAUUGGAUUUUACCGGGUGCAUCAGUUUGUCCGAUUUGAGGCCAUUAAGGAAUUGUGGAAGUCUGAAAAUGUUGAAUCUUUCGGAGUGCGCGAGACUGAAACACCUUACUGGUGUGGAGGAAUGCAAGAAGCUUGCAACUGUAGAGAUGAUUGAUUGUAAAACGUUGGAAGACAUCAGUGCACUCCGUGGUUGCACGAACUUAGAGACACUAAAUUUGUGCAACUGUGGAGGGAAUCCAGACCUGAGUGUUUUAGGCGCAUGCAAGAAUCUGAAGACGCUGAGGCUUACAGGGAGCAGCAAAAUAGAUGAUUUCAGUAUGUUAAGUGGCUGCUCAAAUCUGAUGACAGUGGAGCUUAACGAUUGUGUGAGCCUGAGGGAGGUUUGGUUGAAUGGGUGCGAGUGCCGGAAUCUCACAAACCUUUACCUAAGCAACUGUGAAAAUAUCACGGACUUGUGGUUGGAUGGGUGCGGCAACUUGAGAACGCUUGAUUUGCGGAAUUGCACGAGACUAUGGUACAUUCAUGGACAGCGAGAUUGCAGGGGGUUGCUGACUCUCGAUUUACGGAAUUGCGGGACAAUAAGGAAUGGUAUUGUCGAAUUCAUGAAUCUCCCACGCCUGUGUGUUCUCUACAUCGAUGACAACAAUGCAGACAGGAAUUUGGUUGAGGGUUUGAUGGACAGAGGUGUUGAUGUGGAAGUAACAGAUGAAACUCAUGCUUGCUACGUUAAAAGGAUGGAUGAUGAAUAUAUGUAG